GAGAAGACAGAGAGGAAGAAGAAAAAAACCACUAGAGGAAAGAGCUGUAUUCACAUGGGAUGCUGUUUUAGCUAAUGGGUCCUUUCUCUCUCUCUCUCCUCUUUCUCUCUCUUAAUUCAACCGACAAUUAUGAGCUUUGAAUCAUAAAGUUAAGAGUGGACUGAAGAAAAAAAAUUCUUCUUCCUUCUUUCUACUUUCCCUUUUCUUUUUUUUUUUUACCAAAAUUUUCUUUCUUUGAUUUGGAGCUGGGAAAUUAUGGCUGAUGAUAAGGAGAUGUCUGCUCCUGUUAUGGAUGUGAAUGGGGGAGUCACGGGUCAUAUAAUUUCCACUACCAUUGGAGGUAAAAAUGGUGAGCCAAAGCAGACAGUCAGUUACAUGGCUGAACGUAUUGUGGGGACUGGAUCGUUUGGAGUUGUUUUUCAGGCAAAAUGCCUGGAAAAUGGGGAGACAGUUGCGAUAAAGAAGGUUUUACAAGAUCGUAGAUACAAGAAUCGUGAACUACAGUUGAUGCGCACUAUGGAUAACCCAAAUGUUGUUUCAUUGAAGCAUUGCUUCUAUUCAACUACUAGUAAAAAUGAGCUUUUUCUCAAUUUGGUCAUGGAAUAUGUCCCGGAAACCAUGUAUCGCAUGUUGAAGCAUUACAGCAAUAUGAACCAAAGAAUGCCACUCAUCUAUGUUAAGCUUUACACGUAUCAAGUAUUUAGGGGGCUGGCAUACAUGCACACUGUUGCUGACGUUUGCCACAGAGACUUAAAACCUCAGAAUAUUUUGGUAGACCCUGUUACCCACCAAGUGAAAAUUUGUGAUUUUGGAAGUGCAAAAGUGCUGGUUAAAGGUGAAGCAAACAUCUCAUACAUCUGUUCACGGUUUUAUCGGGCUCCUGAACUCAUAUUCGGUGCAACAGAAUAUACGACCUCUAUUGAUAUCUGGUCAGCUGGUUGCGUCCUUGCAGAGCUUCUCCUAGGCCAGCCAUUAUUUCCUGGAGAAAAUGCUGUCGAUCAGCUUGUUGAGAUAAUCAAGGUACUUGGAACACCAACAAGGGAGGAAAUCCGUUGUAUGAAUCCAAAUUACACUGAUUUUCGGUUUCCACAAAUCAAAGCACACCCUUGGCAUAAGGUAUUCCACAAACGAAUGCCGCCUGAAGCUAUUGACCUUGCUUCACGUCUAUUGCAGUACUCACCUAGUCUUCGUUGCAAUGCUCUUGAAGCAUGUGCACAUCCAUUCUUUGAUGAGCUUCGAGAACCCAACGCACGCCUUCCCCAUGGCCGGCAAUUGCCGCCUCUUUUCAAUUUUAAGCAGGAGUUGGCUGGUGCCUCUCCAGACCUCAUUAACAGGUUGAUACCAGAUCAUAUAAAAAGGCAAAUGGGACUGCAUCAUUUCACGACCCGUGAUGACAUGACGUGAAAAGUACAUGUUUAGCUAAGUAUACCUGUUGAUGAUGAUCUGUAUAUCAAGAGAUCCGAGUUUACUUCUCCCCGACAGGUUCCACCAUGACAAGCUGCAUCUCCUUGUCGACGAGAGGAUAAAGUACAGGGUUGUUGCUGUGUAUUUCAAUCCUUCAUCGUGGUAUUGUCUUUUCUCGUUCCACUCUUCGAGUAUCUCUCCGUCCUCUCUUACCGGCCGACUAGCGUAAGGAAAGUUCUUUUUCUGUACAUGUUUUGGUAGUAGUAAAU